AUGACUGCGGACCUCAUCAACGGCCACCCCGUCCCCGUCCCCUCGCUCAAGAACGGCGACGUUGCCUCCCAGCUCCCCCGCGAGGCUCCCCAGGCCUGGUCUAAGCCUGUUGGCAACGCCAAGGCCUACAGCCCCGACCACCCCGGCCGCUUCCAUGUCGUCUUCCAGGAGAGCGCCCAGGACGGCGUUGAGGCCUACUCGUCCAAGCUCGUCGCUGACCGCGACUACGCCCCCGGAGAGCAGCUCGCGCCCCUCAAGAACAUCUCCAUCGCCCCCGUCAAGGCCUACUCGUCCGUGCAGUUCGGCCCCGGCGAGCACGACCACUUCGAGCUCAACUCGGACCUGCUGUUCAUGAACCACUCGUGCGCCCCGACGGCCGAGAUGCGCCUGUACCCCGGCUCGCCGUCCAGGUGGGAGGUCACCGUGGGUCCCAAGGGCCUCAAGGCCGGCGACGACAUCACGUUCUUCUACCCCAGCACCGAGUGGGACAUGGCGCAGGGCUUCGACUGCUCGUGCGGUGCUGAGCAGUGCCUCGGCCAGAUCCGCGGCGCCAAGUAUCUCACGCUGGAGCAGCUCGAGGACCGCGGCGUCGUCAACGAACACAUUCGCGCGCUCAAGGCCGCGCAGGAGUAA